AUGGAGGCAAACACGGACGUGCAGAAGCAGAAGAAUGCUAUGCCUAAGGCUAUGGAUGUGUCUUCUUUCUUGCUCUUUGAAGCUAGUGGUGACUCUGAGGCUGAUCAGAAUUACCCCGAUCCCAGUUUAGCCAUGGCUGAAGAUGAUGCUCAAUCAUGUAGCUAUGAUUCAACUGAUAUUCCUAAUGUUGAUGAUGAUGAGCUACAUGAAAUUGAUGAUCAGGGUGAUUCCGUUGAUCAAGCAUAUAGUCAUGGCGAUGAUGAUGACGAGGACGAGGAAGAAGAAGAUGAAGAAGAAGAAUGUUCAUCAGUCUAUCAUCAAAGAUGGGGUGGUGGUGAACAUAAUAAUAUUGGGAUGCCAUUGCCAUUAAUUGGGCACCAGCUGAAAUCAACUGUCUCUGUUGAUUCAACCAAAGAGUAUGAGUUGUUGAAUGAGGUGGAGAAGAGCAGGCUAUUCUGGGAAACUUGCUUGGCAUCAUAA